ACUAUGAGGAGUGCGGCGCCGCCGCCGCAGCCGCCACCGCCCCAGUGCCCCGCACCGCCCCCCGCCGGGACACCGGGCAGUGCCUAGCGGGCCGGGCGGCGGCGCCCAGACUGCGAGCGAGGGAGCGCGGGAGGAGCGCGGGGACGGAACGAGAACACCCCGCGACUCUGGCCUUGAGCGGGGCCCCGGGCCGGCUGGCCUGCUUCACCAUGCAACCCCCGAGGUAGAGCCUGGACGGCGCCAAGGAGCGCGAAGCGGCGCGCAGCCCGCUCUCCCGCCAGUGACGGCCGUCCGGCCUCGCGCCUACCUGAUCUCUCCAGCCCGGACCCCCCUGAAAUAUGUUCAGGGGCGCUUGGAUGUGGCCCGGGAAAGACGCCGCCGCGCUGACUAUCUGCUGCUGCUGCUGCUGCUGGGCUCCCAGGCCAAGCGACAAACCUUGCGCUGACUCUGAGCGGGCGCAGCGAUGGCGACUGUCCCUGGCGUCCCUGCUCUUCUUCACCGUGCUGCUCGCUGACCAUCUGUGGCUGUGCGCGGGGGCCCGGCCCCGGGCCAGGGAGCUGAGCAGCGCCAUGCGGCCGCCCUGGGGGACCGGCCGGGAGCGGCAGCCGAUGCCUCCUCGCGCGGUGCUGCCCCUGCGGCCGCCGCCGCCCGGCGAGCCCAGCGCAUCCCCGGGCACCUGCGGCCCCCAAUACAGCAACCUGACCAAAGCUGCCCCCGCUGCCGGUCCCAGGCCGGACUGCGGUGGCGUCCCAGAGCCCACGGGGCUGGACGCAGCUUGCACCAAAUUGCAAUCUUUGCAGAGACUUUUUGAACCGACUACUCCAGCCCCCCCACUGCGGCCCCCUGACUCCCCUUCCCGUGCCCCGGCCGAGUUCCCCUCCGCCAAAAAAAACUUGCUCAAAGGCCACUUUCGGAACUUCACUCUCUCCUUUUGCGACACCUACACGGUCUGGGACUUGCUGCUGGGCAUGGACCGCCCCGACAGCCUGGACUGCAGCCUGGACACCCUGCUGGGGGACCUUCUGGCCGUGGUGGCCAGCCCGGGCUCCGGGGCCUGGGAGGUGUGUAGCAACUGUAUAGAGGCGUACCAGCGGCUCGACCGACAUGCUCAGGAAAAAUAUGACGAGUUCGACCUCGUGCUGCAUAAAUACUUACAGGCAGAAGAGUACUCAAUCCGGUCCUGCACGAAAGGCUGUAAGGCUGUCUACAAGGCCUGGCUGUGCUCAGAAUACUUCAGCGUGACCCAGCAGGAAUGCCAGCGCUGGGUGCCCUGCAAGCAAUACUGCCUGGAGGUGCAGACCCGGUGCCCCUUUAUACUCCCUGACAAUGAGGAAAUGGUGUACGGAGGGCUUCCUGGCUUUAUCUGUACAGGGUUGCUGGAUACUUCGCCAAAGCGGCCGGAAACCAAGUGCUGUGACGUGCAGUGGGUAUCCUGUGACUCGGAGAAGAAGAAGUUCAAGGAGACUGAGGCCCCCAAAACCCACCACCAGCAAUUCCAUCACUCCUAUUUCCACCACUACCACCAACAGUACCACCACUACCAUCCCCGCCAUGACCCUCCAGGCCACAUCAGCCACAGGCCCUCCAUGCUGCCGGUCUCUGGGGGCUCCCGCCUCAGCCCCAGCAGGAUCCGGCUGUAUGUCCUUGUUCUCAUGCUCCUCCAUACCAUGGUGUCCUUCUCCAGUAGCCAGGGUGGUGAAGGACUGGGGCUGGAGGCACUGCCUACCCUAGAUGAGGGCCUGACUCGGGAAGAGUGACAGCAGGGAGGGAGGACAGACCUCCACCACACACUGACAGCAGCUCCAGCCCCCCAGGGGGAGGGGGAGGGGCUCCUCCCAUGGGAGGUAUAGGACCAGG